AUGUUGAAAGAACCAAGGCUGGCGGUGCUAGUGGUUUCCGCUACCAUUUUUGCCCUGGCGACCACCUUCGUCGCCCUUCGUUUCUACUCCAAAAUCAUGAUAGUCAAGAAGCUUCGGCACCACGAUUACUGGAGCCUUCUGGCCUGGAUCAUCGAUUUUGCCUUCUCGUUCUCCUUAUUCUACGCAACAGCUAAGGGCCUCGGACUUCCUGCGGCUGAUAUAAAGCCAGAGAAUCGAGCUAGUAUCACUCGCGCUACCUUUACAUUCACUGUCCUUUAUAACCCAGCUUUAAUGACAGUAAAGACGUCGAUCCUUGUUUUUUAUCUGACCUUCGCCAGAGGCGAAAAGCUUUUUCGUCUGGGAACCUACGUCACUCUUUUUGUGGUUAAUGUAUCUGGCCUCGCCUUGACAUUCCUCACUAUCUUCCAGUGUCGUCCUGUGGGUUCCGUCCUGCUGCCAACGCUGCCGGCAACGGCGUCCUGCACCAGUGUGAUCACACUCUAUUUGUCCAGCGCACCAGUGAAUAUAAUCACUGAUAUUGCUAUCCUCUUCCUCCCGAUGCCUAUUCUGACCAAGAUGCACCUGCCGCGGAGGCAGAAAUACAUCCUGAUAAUCACGUUCGGAUUCGGCUUUUUUGUGACAGUCGUCGACGUGAUUCGCAUUGCGUAUCUCCAGGACGCUGUGACAGAGACUCGGCUGACAUCUCAGUCGCGGCCUAUCCAUAGUGGCACUCUGAUCAGCAUUUCAUCGUCCGCUGCAUUGUCAUUCAUGUGGUCUGUAGUGGAGGUCAAUAUGUCUGUCAUUUGCACUAAUGUUCCACUCCUUAAGCCGCUCAUUGCUCGCAUCAUGCCGCGGAUGAUCGGCGUCAGCGGCAAGAGGCACGGGAGGACGACCGGUGCAGGAAACCCUCCUGACGAGAUGCAAGGCAUUGGUCCGUCUACGAAUAUUUCCUUAUCAGCUAUCGACCCGGUAAACCAUUCUGGAUCGCGCGGUGAUCACCCCGGCCCCUCAGAUGAGGAUGCGGAUGAUGACAGUGCGGAUCUUGGUGCCCAGAUGCAUUCGGAGCGCCGAAGAAGCAAGCCACGCUUAGGCUCUUCUGCAGGAGUUACAGGGAACGGAGUCCAAUCUGCGGAGUUCCAGCCCGGCGUCGCUUUUGUUGAGUUUGUACGCUUGAAGAGACCAAAGAACAUGCUCAAACUCAAUAAUAGAGAAUCGCUGGCACCUAUAGCCUUGGUCACGCUUGUUUUCUGGCUCUGGGGAUUCUCAUACGGCCUUCUCGGUAACUUGAGUAACCAUCUUCAGGCUGUUCUCGGGCUCGAUACAUGGGAGUCCCUCGGCAUCCAUGCUGCAUACUUCAGUGGCUACCUCGUUAGCCCAGUAACGCUUGGUCGCUGGGUUUUGAAGGGAUGGGGAUACAAGGCUACACUGAUUACAGGCUUAUCCGUUUAUGCGUGUGGGACACUGAUAUUCUGGCCAUCUGCCGUGCUGUCAUCUUUUCCUGCUUUCAUCGUCUCCAAUUUCAUCGUCGGUAGCGGAUUGGGGGUCUUGGAGACCGCAGCCAAUUCUUUCAUCGCCUUAUGCGGCCCACAGGAGAACGCCGAAAUUCGCUUGAAUAUCUCGCAGGCCAUCCAGGCGAUAGCAUCAGUCGUUUCGCCACUACUUUCGGAGGAAGUCCUUUUCAAGAACGUGACAAAUGUCUCGGCUUUAAUCAAUGCGCAGUGGACCUAUCUCGGUAUUGCAUUUUUCGACCUCCUUUUAGCUGCAGCGCUAUACUACCUACCUAUUCCAGAAGCCCCUGACGACGAUCUUGAGCAGAUCGCAAUCCGCUGUCGAGGAGACGGAUCUAGCAAAAUGCUGGGGGUUCCGGUCAUGUGGCUGACUCUGUCCUUGGGUGUUGGCUCACUAUACCUCUAUGUAGCCGGCCAAGAGGUUCUAGCUACCAGCUUUGAGUCUUUGGUGGCGGCGUCUAAUCUCCGUUCGAACCUUACAGCCUUUGACUACGUAACUAUUGGUCACACAGUGUUUGCUGUUGGCCGUUUUCUGACUGCUUUGGCACUGUGGUUCCUGAAGCCUCGGUGGAUCUUGAUGAUAGCAUACACGGGUAUGGUGAUUUUCUCCACGCUUUGCCUCAAGACGUCUGGUUUGACAGCGGUAGCCAUGGGCCUGCUCAUCUACCUAUUUGAAAGUGGUGCCUUCAGCACCCUGUUUGCCAUAUGUCUUCGUGGUAUGGGAAAACACACAAAGACAGCGGCCUCUCUUUUGGCGUCCGCCAUCGGCGGUGGGGCGUUUCUGCCUUUUGUGCAGCAUGCGGUGUCCACGUCUCAUGGGGUGUCGUACUCCUACAGCGUCCUUGUCGCUAUCUUCAGCACCGGGGCCAUUUUUCCAUUAUAUUUGAACCUUGUGCCUGCUGCUAAAAGGCAGGUAGAUCCAGUGGCCCAUGUCUUCGAGGACAGCCAGCUGCAAGUGAGCGCCUCAGAAGCAGAUAUGACACUUGGGGAAAGAGAUUCGCGCUGUUCCGGUGGGAUUCUGUUGAAUCCAUAA